AUGAAACCAUCAGAGUUCGACCUUUUAGCAGUGGGAGACGGGCUGUUGAUUCCAGCAGCGCUCUGUUCUUCUUACAAGUUUGCAAAAUAUGCAAAGGAUUUGCGUUUAUUGCAAGGUCAAAUCAAUAAUUUGCGAGGUCAAAGUACUCCAAGGGCUGGUGCAAGAGAAUCCAGUAUAGCGAACUCGUUUCAACAUCGCCAACAACAUAAAUGGGGUAUGGACAGCAAACAUAUCGAAUGUCUUCUUGGAGGAGUAUUUGCGUCAUCUCCAUGGUCUCUAACAGCAAUGCUACUUAUGUAA